CGAAAGCGACGUCAACCGUGUGUGGAUAAAUUAUUGUUUUCCACAUCGAACUCCUGUUUCUUGUUUGUUUAUAAGUUAAAAGACUGUUUGUUAAGUUUCUCGAAGUGAUUACCCGUUAUCAAGUGUAUCAGUUUAUAGUUCAAAAUAAAAAGUUUUGUGUGCAAAGUUAUAACGAACUCUGGGAUCAGUUGAGUCUUCAGGUGUCAACGAGGAUGACACUCUCCUCAUACACGGCACCAUUUAGCUAACUAUAAAGAUACAUUUUCAACAAACAAACUGAUCCGACAAACGAAAAUGCAGCGGCAGUAAGCUGCCACACAGUUGGUGUCUCGCCAUGCAGCGCGCGGGUGGGAGCAGGGCCUGUGCGCCAUGAGCCACACUCCUAUAGGCGGCCACCCGCAAGGUUGGGAGCACAAGCUUGCAGACAGGUCGUCGCUGCCGCCGGCUUCUGGGGAGGAGAGGAGCAAAUCUCAGUCCAAACAUGUCUUCACACACCCACACCUCUCUAAGAUGGGAGCGGCGGCGUGGCGCGAGGAGACGGAGGGCUCGUCGGGCAGCUCGCCGCGCUCGCCCACCUCGCCGCCCUACAUGCGCUGGGCGCGGACACUGCACGACCUCCUCGAGGACGCGGAGGGAGUGCGUCUGUUCCGUAAGUUCGUGUCGGGUGCGGGCGGGCUGCACGUGGACAGGCUCAACUUCUACUUCGCGGUGCAAGGUCUGCGCCAGGAGACCGAGCCAUCCAAGAUACGACAGGUCGUCUCCGCUAUAUACAAAUUCCUGCGCAAGUCACAGCUAGCGAUGCCCGAGGAGCUGAAGCAGCGCGUGAAACAGAGCCUCAAAGAUGGCUCCAGUAUAGAAAAGACCAUCUUUGACAACAUGGAGCAAGAGGUGACUCUGGCGAUAACGGAGACAACGUACCAAGCUUUCCUGCGCUCGGAGGCGUAUGUGUCGUAUGUGAGCGCAGCAACGCAGCCUCUCUCAUCUCCCGACACCGAGCCCCCGCACAGAGACCUCGCCUCGCUGGGUUGUGGGCUGGCGACGCUGCACGAGGGUCAGGAGCUGAGUGCGGGGGGUGGCACGGGGGGUGUGGGGGGCGCGCCCGCACGACUCACGCACGACGCCCUGCUCGCCACACAGACCCGCCGUCUGCACUCUGACGCCGCGCCAAACCGCAAGCGGUCGGUGUACAGCGCGCACGUGUCGUACGCCGGCUACUGCCCCGCCUCGCGCCAGGACUCGGAGCGCGCCAGUCUGAGCAGCGGCCGCACAGACAGCGAUGCCGUGUCCCUCUCCGGCAGCAGCGUUGACGGUAUGGCGGUGCGCGGUCGAGAGCCGCGAGAGUCGCGACACCGGCCGCGGCUGCACGGCCUCGACAGGCACGCCCUCAUCAACAAGGAGCAGGACACCGCCAUGGUGAUCCCGCGCACGCAGCGUGUACAGUGUGAGCAGCUGCGAGCGCUACCGCCGCAGGAGUUCGCAGCGCUGCUCACUGAGAAGCUGGAGCGCGUGCGCCGCGACCUGGACGCCAAGGAUCGCCUCGAGAGGAGGCUCGCUGAGGGUGAGGGUGAGGAGCUGUCGACGCAGGCGCUACCACCGCAGCUAGUGGCCGCAGCUAUCCGCGAGAAACUUCAGGUCGACGAUGAUAACGACCAGGACAUCCUCGACCAGCACGUGUCUCGCGUGUGGUCGGAGCGCACGCCGGGCGCGUCUCCGCCAGGCGGGAGGCGUGCUCGUGGCCGCCACGCCACACACGCCCCGCACGCCACACACGCCCCGCACGCCACACACGCCCCGCACGCCACACACGCCCCGCACGCCACACACGCCACACACUCCGGCCACUCCGCUCGCCGCGCACCCUCCGCCCUCUCCGCUGACUCGGGACACUAUGAUGCGCCCGAGGGACUUCACCAUCCUCACUCACUGACACGCAGAUCGUUGUCAAAGAAGACGGCGACGGAGCUGACGGACAGCGGGGUGUCUGUGGUGAGCGAGGGCGGGGCGAGCGGUGUGGAGCCCCGCAUCCUGCUGUGGAUUGCGGAGGGCUCGGAGAGACUGGAGCGCCUCGAGCGCCGCCAGCGAGACCUCUCGCGUGCCUCCAGCGCGGAGCGCGACGAGCCGCGCCGCCGCGACCGCCAGCCGGCACGACCACGUGGCGGUGGUGGGGGCGGUGGCAAGGGUGUUGCGGGGGGCGCGGCCGGGGCGGCGGAGCACACUGUGGUGGUUGUGAGCUUCCUGGACGAGGUGGUGCCGUACCGCUUCAAGGUGCCCUCUGUGCCGCUCACACUCAAGACCUUCAAGGACUAUCUGCCCCGGAAAGGAAAUUACAGAUAUUUCUUCAAAACGGAGUGCGCGGAUCUGGAUAACACUGUGAUCCAGGAGGAGGUGAGCAACGAUGCCGACACCCUGCCCAUGUACGAGGGCAAGGUGAUGGCGCGCGUCAAGAACAUCGAGUGAGCCCCGCCCCCUCCCGCUCGCCCCGCCCACAACCACGCCCACAGCCACGCCCACAGCCACGCCCACAGCCACGCCCCAGUCAUUGUACAAACGUCCUUGUUGCCGAUAACUAUAUAUAAAUGUAUAAAUUAGGACGAAUUUCCUUUAAGCUACCGUUAUAACGCUUAUAAGACAAUUUAUAGAAAGAGUGUCAAAUGUGUCAUUCUUUGUGCAAGCAAAAAUCACUUCUGUGUGAGAAGAAAUUCAGUGAAUUAUGUGCGGUAUUCGCAUGCAGUGCGUCGCCCUGUCUGUCCGCUAGAGUGCGCCUGUUUGAUGUUCACUAGAAAGGAAAGUUUAGAAAGAAUUUACUAAAAUUUUGCAUGUUACUAAUUCCAGUGAUUUAAAAUUUGUACGGAAAUAGGAUUGUUUAUAUUUUUACUCUGUGUUUUGAGUCUUGCCAGUUUCUAAAUUUUUUUAUUGUUAAA